GACAACGAUAAGAUACACCCACGCGUAGGUUCCGUGGGUGCUGCAGCCUGUGUACGGAAGGAUAAAAGGAGGCCAGGAAGGGGCCCCGCAGCAAUGGCUUUCCCUGAGCCCAAGCCGCGCGGCCCGGACCUGCCACAGAAACGGGUGAAGACGCUGGACUGCGGGCAGGGAGCGGUGCGAGCCGUGCGGUUUAACGUGGAUGGCAAUUACUGCCUGACGUGCGGCAGCGACAAGACCCUGAAGCUGUGGAACCCGCUGCGGGGGACGCUGCUGCGGACGUACAGUGGCCACGGCUACGAGGUGCUGGACGCAGCCGGCUCCUUUGACAACAGCAGCCUCUGCUCCGGCGGUGGAGACAAGGCCGUGGUGCUGUGGGAUGUGGCAUCGGGGCAGGUCGUGCGGAAGUUCCGGGGCCACGCGGGGAAGGUGAACACGGUGCAGUUUAAUGAAGAGGCCACGGUCAUCCUGUCUGGCUCUAUUGAUUCCAGCAUCCGGUGCUGGGACUGCCGCUCUCGGAAGCCUGAGCCAGUGCAGACACUGGACGAAGCCAGGGAUGGUGUAUCCAGUGUGAAGGUGUCAGACCAUGAAGUCCUGGCGGGCUCUGUGGACGGCAGGGUGAGGCGCUAUGACCUGAGGAUGGGGCAGCUCUUCUCAGACUACAUAGGCAGCCCCAUCACCUGCAUCUGCUUCAGCCGGGAUGGGCAGUGCACCCUGGUGUCCAGCCUGGACUCCACACUGCGGCUUCUUGACAAGGACACGGGGGAGCUGCUGGGCGAGUACACAGGCCAUAAGAACCAGGAAUACAAGCUGGACUGUUGCCUGACUGAGCGUGAUACCCACGUGGUCAGCUGCUCUGAGAAUGGAAAGGUGUUCUUCUGGGACCUGGUGGAGGGUGCCCUGGCGCUGGCCCUGGCUGUGGGUCCCAGUGUGGUGCAGUCGCUGGCCUACCACCCAACGGAGCCCUGCCUGUUGGUCGCCAUGGGGGGCAGUGUGCAGUGCUGGCGACAAGAGGCUUACGAGGCUGAAGGCGGCGCAGGCUGAAGCCAGGGGACCCACCAUCGCUCAGGACACGGACAGACUCAGAGGUCCACUGAGACCAUUUAUUCUGGACAUGCUGCUGAUCAAGGAGGGGCAGGGGCUGGGCUGCAAGCUAAUAAAUAGAGGGGUCGGGAGGCCUCCUUGGGGCCACA